AUGGAAAGCGCGUUAGGAGGCGUGCAGAGUGGCAUGUCAAUGCUUGAGACAUCUGACUCCAAGCAGCAUCUUUGUCCGCUCCCACCGCUUAUUCCCUCGACUGAAAGACAGCCUGUGAUUCGGUUCCAGGCAAAUAUUUUCACGGAUGCAAUCGUGCUGGCGAUGACGUUCAGCCAUAUUGUUUUUGACGGAACAGGCGCGGCAAAAAUCCUUGCGUUACUGGGAAGAUGCUGCCGAGACCCAUCAGUUACCCCGCUGCCGCUCAUCAUUGACGAGCAAGAUCGAGCUCAGAGCGCUAUAUUUGCGGGACUGGCAGACACGUCUCCUGCCCAAGAUCACACGGCAGAACUUGGUCCUGCGCCGGCAAUACACCCCGUUCCCCUUGACGCAGCGUCGCUCAGAACAUGUCGCUUUGAAUUCAACAGUGAGCGAAUUUUGCAGCUCAAAUACCAAUGUUCUCAAGUCUUAAAGAACGCCUGCAUGUUCCAGCCAAAUAGUGCGUCUAUUCCUGUCGCUGAUCUUCCACCCUUCUUGUCGAGCAAUGAUGUCUUGACUUCGGCUCUUGCGGACGCAAUACAAAGGGUCAAAUCUCAAAGCAAGACAUAUGACUGCCUAGACUUAUGCAUGGCAGUCAACAUGCGCGGUCGGAUCGAGCUAUCCGCAGCAAGAGAGUUUCUGGGAAACAUGGCAUGUAAUCUUCGAUUAAAAACUCCAGGCCCGGAGUAUACCGGGCCAGAGCAGUGUUUGUCUUGCAGGAAAACCCACGAUUGCCCAAUUCAGACAGACCAACUCCGAUUCCUGACUGAUUUGGCGUGCAAAGUGAGGAACAAAGUACGAAACAUGGAUAGAAAAUAUUUCCAGAGCUGCAUGACAUACAUCGCAAACCAGAAGGAUUGGAGUCAAACCGGCAUGAUAUUUACCGACCUUGCUUUUUCUAGUUGGCGACAUCUUGAUAUUUAUGGUCUGGAUUUUGGUGACAGUUUUGGAAUUGUCCACAAUUUCGAUCUUUCGUUCGGCCUGAUUGAGGGUGAUGUCAUUUUUCUCCCGAAACGACUCACUUGUGACCAAAAGGAAGCAGGUUGGGACGUUCAUAUCACGCUACCUGCGAAGGAUCUUGAAGCACUUGUCAAAGAUGAUCUCAUUCGCUGGUUGAUGGGUCGGGAUGGAGAAUGA